UUUUUUCUGCUUCAGAACUUAUUUAAAAAAAAUUUACAGUAUAUUUAUUUCAUUAUGUCUGUUAUUAGAAAAAAUUUAAUUGAUGCUGCAAUUGAUAGAGCAUAUGCACUUAUAGAUUAUAAUAUUCACAAUAAUAUACACAAAAAAAAUGAAUUUCAAAAACAAGUAAUUCUUGCUGAUGAAUCACUUACAAAAGAUGAAAAAUCUGAAGCAAUAAGAGAAUUGAAUAAAAUUUACGACCAGGAUAAAAUUAUUUAUAAUGAAGGAACAAGAAGAGUUUGUGAAAAUUGUAACCAAAAAUGUUUAGCUACAUUAUAUUGUGAAUUUUGUGUUCGAAAUUAUUUAAAAGCAAAAUUUUCAAAUUGGACAUCUGGAAAUGAUGAAAUUGAUAAUUUAAUACAAGAAUGUCAAAUGAAAGCAAUUGAACCAGCUAAUAUAGUUGAAUGGAUUCCGUAUAGUAAUUUAGAAAAUAUUAAUUAUUUAACAAAAGGUGGAUACUCUGAAAUCUAUACAGCAAAGUGGAUUAAUGGAAGUUAUGAUGAAUGGGAUUCUAAAGAACAACAAUUAAUUAGACUUGAGGAACAAGAUGUGGUACUUAAAAGAUUAGAAAAUGUUGAAAGUGCAAAUAAACGUUGGUUUGAAGAGGCUACUUCACAUUUAAAUAUAAGUAAUAAAUGGUCAGAUUCGAUUGUUCAAUGUUAUGGUUUGACACAAGAUCUAUUAAAUGGAGAUUAUAUGCUUGUAAUGGAUAAAUUUGAUACAGAUUUAAGAAAAUAUUUACAACAAAAUCAUAAUCAAUUUACAUGGAAAGAAAGAAUUCAAAUUGCUGUUAAUAUAAUUGAUGCACUUUAUAAAAUUCAUCAUUAUGAAAAUGCAAUUCAUAGAGAUUUGCAUUCCGGAAAUAUAUUAUUUAGAUCUAAAUUUAAUAUUAGUGAUCUUGGAUUUUGUGGACCUGCAGAUAAACCAUUAAAAAGUAUAUAUGGAAAUCUUCCUUAUAUUGCACCAGAAGUUAUUGCAGGAAAAGAAACUACUUUUGAAUCUGAUAUUUAUAGUAUUGCAAUGCUUAUGUGGGAGAUUUCAUCUGGUCAACCACCAUUUAUUAAUUAUGAACAUGAUUAUUAUCUUGCAAUGAAUAUAAUUAAAGGUAUAAGACCAAAAAUUGUACCAGGAACUCCUAUAGAAUAUAAAAAUUUAAUGAUACAAUGCUGGGAUGCUAAUCCGUUAAAGCGACCUGAUAUUAAUACACUUUCAGAAAAUUAUACUAGCAGUAGCAAGUUAUUUACAAGUAAAGUUCAUCAAUUUGAAAAUCUUCCUGAACCAAGAAAUGCAACAGAAGAAGAACAACAAGCAUUUCACAGUAACAAAUCAUAUGACUUUCAUAUCCCUAAUCAUAUUGAUGAUAUUGGUAAAUUGAGUACUCAGAAUAAUAAUUAUUCAAAAAUAACUAGCAGUAACAAAUCAUUCAAAAGAAGAUUAGAGAAUGAUUUUCAAGAAAUAAUACAACAAGUGAAGAGAUAUCGUAUUAAUAUUGAUGACGAAGAAGAAAUAUAUAAUAAUCCAAAUUUCCAUUCUGAAGAACAGGAUGAAUUUGAACUUCCCGAGAAUAUGGAUGAAAACUAAUUGACAUUAACAUUACAUUAUUAUAUUUAAAGUUGUUAUAAAUUAUUUAAACACUAAGACUAGAGUAG